GCCGGAGCGGGAAGUUGGCGAGGGGCGCUGCUCCCGCCGAGGAGGAGGCGGCGGCGGGGCGCUGUCGCGCCGCUCAGGUGUCCGCUCCGCCUUCCGGCCUGAAUUUAGCUCCGUGAGUCCAGCGAGAAGGGGACCGCCGACACCUCGCCCUACUGCCGGCCGGAGCGCGACGCGGACUUCCACCGGAGGCGGGGCCCGUCAUCCCGGCGGCGGACCGACGGACCGACGCCGGGGACAGAGGGCGGUGGCCUCGGUGGAGGCGGGCCCCGAACCCCGGCGGCAGCCGCGCGGCCUUAGGGGCGAGCAUGAGCCCCGGGACGCCGAAAGGGGGCCGCAGGGGCUGAACCGGGCGCGGAGCGGCCUGGCCCAGCCAUCUUGACUGCGCACAGCGGCCCGCCCGAGAGGAAACUUGCUGCGCCGCCGCCCUAGGUGCCCGGCAAAGUCACCGGCGCGCGCGGAGAAAGCGAGCGAGAGAGGGACGAUGAGCCGGGGGCCGGCCACUCUGCCCUGCGAGGGCUGAGCCCGGCCGGAGUGAGCGGGGCAGACCCGGGGACCGGGGUGCCCUCCGGCAGCCACCCUCGUCUCCCGCAGCGCCGUGAGGACGCGUCCCGCGAAGGGACCAGGCUAUCGGCAGAUCCCCCUCCCGUGAGAGGCAGGAGAGAGCCCGGCAGGGCGCCCUCUCUCCCCUCCUCCGGCGCUCUUGCAGGAUCUCCCAGCGCCCCUCCGCGCGCCGCCCGGAGGGCGAAGGCGCGUGGCCGAGGCGCGCAGCAUGGAGUGGGGUUACCUGUUGGAAGUGACCUCGUUGCUGGCCGCCCUGGCGCUACUGCAGCGCUCCAGCGGCGCUGCGGCCGCCUCGGCCAAGGAGCUGGCGUGCCAGGAGAUCACCGUGCCGCUAUGCAAGGGCAUCGGCUACAACUACACCUAUAUGCCCAACCAGUUCAACCACGACACGCAGGACGAGGCGGGCCUGGAGGUGCACCAAUUUUGGCCGCUGGUGGAGAUCCAGUGCUCGCCCGACCUCAAGUUCUUCCUGUGCAGCAUGUACACGCCCAUCUGCCUGGAGGACUACAAGAAGCCCCUGCCUCCCUGCCGCUCGGUAUGCGAGCGCGCCAAGGCCGGCUGCGCGCCCCUCAUGCGCCAGUACGGCUUCGCCUGGCCCGACCGCAUGCGCUGCGACAGGCUGCCCGAGCAGGGCAACCCUGACACGCUGUGCAUGGACUACAACCGCACCGACCUCACCACGGCCGCGCCCAGCCCGCCGCGGCGCCCGCCGCCGCCGCCGCCGCCCGGCGAGCAGCCGCCCUCCGGCAGCGGCCACGGCCGCCCGCCCGGGGCUCGGCCCCCGUCCCGCGGCAGGGGCGGCGGCGGGGACGCGGCUGCGCCCCCCGCGCGCGGCGGCGGCGGCAGUGGCGGCGGAGGCGGGAAGGCGCGGCCCCCUGGCGGCGGCGCGGCGCCCUGCGAGCCGGGCUGCCAGUGCCGCGCGCCCAUGGUGAGCGUGUCCAGCGAGCGGCACCCUCUCUAUAAUCGCGUCAAGACGGGCCAGAUCGCCAACUGCGCGCUGCCCUGCCACAACCCGUUCUUCAGCCAGGACGAGCGCGCCUUCACCGUCUUCUGGAUAGGUCUGUGGUCGGUGCUCUGCUUCGUGUCCACCUUCGCUACCGUCUCCACCUUCCUCAUUGACAUGGAGCGCUUCAAGUACCCCGAGCGGCCCAUCAUUUUCCUCUCGGCCUGCUACCUCUUCGUGUCCGUUGGCUACCUGGUGCGCCUGGUGGCGGGCCACGAGAAGGUGGCGUGUAGCGGCGGCGCCGGGGCCGCAGGCGGGGCGGGGGGCGCCGGGGGCGCGGCGGCGGGCGCGGGGGCGGCGGGCGCGGGCGCGGGCGGCCCGGGCGGGCGCGGCGAGUACGAGGAGCUGGGUGCCGUGGAGCAGCACGUGCGCUACGAGACCACGGGCCCGGCGCUGUGCACCGUGGUCUUUCUGCUCGUCUACUUCUUCGGCAUGGCCAGCUCCAUCUGGUGGGUGAUCCUGUCGCUCACGUGGUUCCUGGCGGCGGGCAUGAAAUGGGGCAAUGAGGCCAUCGCCGGCUACUCGCAGUACUUCCACCUGGCCGCGUGGCUCGUGCCCAGCGUCAAGUCUAUCGCCGUGCUGGCGCUCAGCUCGGUGGACGGCGACCCGGUGGCGGGCAUCUGCUACGUGGGCAACCAGAGCCUGGACAACCUGCGCGGCUUCGUGCUGGCGCCGCUGGUCAUCUACCUCUUCAUCGGCACCAUGUUCCUGCUGGCCGGCUUCGUGUCGCUCUUCCGCAUCCGCUCGGUCAUCAAGCAGCAGGGCGGCCCCACCAAGACACACAAGCUGGAGAAGCUCAUGAUCCGCCUGGGUCUCUUCACCGUGCUCUACACCGUGCCCGCCGCCGUCGUGGUCGCCUGUCUUUUCUACGAGCAGCACAACCGCCCGCGCUGGGAGGCCACGCACAACUGCCCGUGCCUGCGGGACCUGCAGCCGGACCAGGCGCGCCGGCCCGACUACGCCGUCUUCAUGCUCAAGUACUUCAUGUGCCUGGUGGUGGGCAUCACGUCGGGCGUGUGGGUCUGGUCCGGCAAGACGCUCGAGUCGUGGCGCGCGCUGUGCACCCGCUGCUGCUGGGCCAGCAAGGGCGCGGGCGCGGCGGGCGCGGGCGCGGCGGGGGUCGGCCCGGGGGGCGGGGGCCCGGGGGCCGGCGGGGGCGGGGGGCCGGGCGGCGGGGCGGGCUCCCUGUACAGCGACGUCAGCACCGGCUUGACGUGGCGGUCUGGCACGGCCAGCUCCGUGUCUUAUCCAAAGCAGAUGCCAUUGUCCCAGGUCUGAGCGGAGGGGAGGGGG